AUGGUAUCAUCCCAUCGCAUCGACGGCGUGACCUCGCUGAUGGUGCGGGGGGCUCAGUCGGUGGUUGGGACGAGUUCCAGCGGCGGCGGCGGGUUACACAGCUCGUCGCGAUCUCGGCGCUACAAUCGCUCCCACGCCGGCGGCGCCUCGUUUAUACCCCAGAACGAAUUUCCCAUCUUUAGUCACAGUGGAGACGUCGAAAUUGUCGUUCGCGUCGCCUCAGGCCAUGAAAACCGCUACCUCCUCCACCGCCACAUUCUCACCCGCUGCUCCGGCUUCUUCGAGGCCAGCACUAGCAAUGAAUGGUCGCGUGCCCAGACCGUGCCGCAGCUUCCCGCGCCUGGGACGACGAUGGCGGUCGGGGCGAUCGAGGAGAAGAGCGGGAAUGGCGGCGGUGAGCUCGCCCGGAUAGACGACCGCGACCGAGGGAGCAGCAGCGACGAAGGCAGUAAUAAUGGGGGGAAAUACGGGUUAAAUACGGCGGCGUUGAGCGGGCAACAGCCGGUCAAGAGGAGGUGGAGAUACGAAUUGGACUACGGGUCCGAUGAUAACGACAUACCAAUGCUGGUGCAGAAAGAGGAGGACCCUAUCAGCCCAGUACCCGUGGUGUCAAAUUCCAUAUUCGGUGGCGGGUCGGCGCCCACAACGCAUUCAGGUCGAUCCUCUCAUCGCAAGUCAGGUUCACACUCCUUUUUUCGAUCGGUCGCCAACCUUGGCCUCUCCGCAACACAUCACACCCCGGCUCUGCCGCCAGCAACAGCCGAAGAGCAAGACUUGCUCCGAGACUACGAUAACUUGUUCCGCAUCAUGUAUAACUACCCGCCCUUACUCGACGCCGUCAACAUCGCCGACGGCUACGUCCAAUGCAAGUCGCUCCUUCACUUAGCUGAUCAAUACGACGCUCUCGCCGUGGUUGGUCCUCGCGUGGAUCACCACAUGCUGCAGUUCCAGUCGCGGCUAUGGAAGCAAAUCGCAAAAUACCCCAUCAGCUACCUUCGUCUCGGCUACUUAGCACGGUCCAAAAUCAUUUUUCAGGAAGCGCUUAUUCACGUCGUCGGCCAAUGGCCCGCCGGUGAGCGGUCCAUCCGAGCAGCACUACCCGAAACUGUCGUCGAUAUCAUCGAGGACAAGGUCGACGAGCUUGAGGAGACCGUCAGCCGCAUCGAGGCGCGGCUGUUCCGGCUAACACUCACCACCCGUUCUGGCGAACGCAUCACACCGGCCAACGGUUAUAUCGAAUGGUUAGCAGUCAGCCUUUUCCGACAAUGGCUGGCCGAUAAUACAUCUCCGCCACUCCCACCAUCGGCCCCGGUCGACCGAGGCCAUGGCGGCAACAACGGGCGUAACGGUAUCGCUGGCGGGCCGCGCGGCAGGCUGGGGAGUCACAGCAGCGCUAGCGGGGGGAGCACGACCAAUGGUCGCUCUAAUGGUCACAACAAUAACAACAACAACCUUCAAGUCGCAUUAUCACCACCCGUGGUACCCACUCUUGCCUCUCUUGGCCGUACCUACCGCCUCCUCGGAGGCGUCGGUGCCAGUCCCAACUCGAGCGAGGGAGCCAUGGCAUCACCUGGGAAAGGCGUCUACGGCUAUCUGAACCACGAUGAAUGCAAGCGCUUUCUGAAACUCACGCCAGACCUGUAUACGCGCGAUAACCUGCGGCGGUUUGAAAAGCGCGUGGAUGAGCUCAAGGCGAUGGCGCGUGAGGUGGUGCGGCCGCUGAUGGGGAGUGGGCUUGAGCUGGAGAUGAUCCAUGGAGUUGGCGCGGCCGGGGUUGGGUAUCUAACGUGUACUACGGUGAGGGAGAGGGAUUUGCCAUGGGCGUACGAUUGA